AUGAAGUUCUUCAGCACCCUCGUCAACAUCGUCCCCCUAGUCGUCUUGGGUGCGGCUGGUGCCAUGGCGCAAAGCUCCGACGUCGUCAUCUCCGCGAUCCAGACGUUCACCAGCGUGUCCUCCAGCUUGGCGACUACCGUCAACGACCUGAGCGUCGUGAACUUUGCCAUCGACGGCUUCGAAAUUGUAACCGGUCUUGGUAACAUCACCACCGCUGUUACCAGCUUCAAUGCGGAGUUCUCGUCCUCCACUCCUGCGUACCCGGACGACGUAGCCAUCGAGGUCGUCGACGUGUUGACGACGUUCGUCGAGGUCCACCAGCAGCUUCUCGAGAUCAUCAUCGGCAAGCAUUCCCUGGCUGCUCAAUUCUUCUUGACGGCUCCCAUCGCGGUCGCUUUGGAGGCCCUCGAGGCUGUCGUAGACACCUUCGCUUUCGGUGUGAUCGCACUCAUCCCCACUGAGGAGGGUCCCGCCCUGGCUCAGGUGACCGCCCUGAACGUCACCUUCACGCAGACCAUCACCACCUACGAGUCCUAG